GUUAAAUAGUCUGGCAUCACCGCACAACUCGUCGCUAAGAUUGCAAACAAGAAAACGCAAAAGAAUUUACUGUAGUUUCCAUAUUUUAAAAUUGUUAUUAUUGGUGCUACAUAUCUGCCCGCAUAUUUAUGCUUGUGCUCGAUUCGUAAUAGCACAUAACUGUGCUCUUAUCGACAGUGUGUAAUUGAAAAUUUACAUAAACAACGAUAUACACAUAAAUACAUACAUACAGUCACUUAUUUACACCCCCCAUCAGCCCCGUGCUCGUUGCUGGCUUACUACAUUCCUGCUCCCCAGUUCAACCUGAAAUAUAGAAAAAACGGUCCCAAUAUGACUGCUGCACCUUAUAACUACAACUAUAUCUUUAAGUACAUUAUCAUCGGUGACAUGGGCGUGGGCAAGUCCUGUUUGCUGCAUCAGUUUACCGAAAAGAAAUUUAUGGCCAACUGUCCACACACAAUCGGCGUGGAGUUUGGCACACGCAUAAUCGAAGUCGAUGAUAAAAAAAUUAAACUACAAAUUUGGGAUACGGCCGGCCAGGAACGUUUCCGUGCUGUAACUAGGUCGUAUUAUCGCGGUGCUGCAGGUGCUCUGAUGGUUUACGAUAUAACCAGACGAUCGACGUAUAAUCACUUGAGCAGCUGGCUCACCGAUACGCGCAAUCUCACAAAUCCCAGCACUGUGAUCUUUCUCAUUGGGAACAAAUCCGAUUUGGAGAGUACACGAGAGGUAACCUACGAAGAGGCCAAAGAGUUUGCUGAUGAAAAUGGUCUCAUGUUUUUGGAAGCCAGCGCAAUGACCGGCCAAAAUGUAGAGGAGGCAUUUCUUGAAACAGCUCGCAAGAUCUAUCAGAAUAUUCAGGAGGGUCGCCUCGAUCUAAAUGCGUCAGAAUCGGGUGUGCAGCAUCGACCGUCGCAACCGUCGCGACCAAAUCUCAGCAGCGACUCAACACAUGUCAAGGAUCAGUGCUCGUGUUAAAUUUAUUAACAUUAUACACACGCAUAGAUAUAAAACUCCAACUUAUAUUUUUAGUGCAACUCGUAAUCAUAUUGAUUUCUUAUCUAUCUACAAAAAUCUUGCAAAUAACAUGCAAAGAAACAAAUCAAAUAAAAAAACAUAAUUUAUCUAGUUAAUUGAUUGGAUAAGGUAAAAAAAAAGUGUGAACAAAAACCAAAAUAUAUAAUGUUCCCAAUUGACAAGCAACAUUUAGGUAUCUAGUAAUUUAAACAUAAAAUUUUCAUAUAUGUAUUGAAUUGUUGCAUUACUUCUCAUUGUUUGUUAGCACUGCUAUAACACUGUUUUGAUAUUAAGAGAACGGAAAAAAUAGCAAAUAUGUUUAUCACUUCAAUUCUUUACAAUACUAAACAUUUUCUAUAUUAUUUUGUUCUUUACCCUACAAUUUGUUAGUAAUAAUCUGUAUAUAUUAUUAUAUGUAUUCUCUAUUCUCAUUUUGUUAAAUGUUGUGUAAUGUAAACGUGUAUAAUUUGAAGGUAAACACUGUUAUAUGAAUAUUAAAGACGUAUUUAAUGCAUAAUGCUAUAGAAAA